GCGAUCCUGCUGGAUUCUAACGAGUUCCCUGUUGGUUGAAGUGAGUAACAGCUACGUGGAAGGAAUAAUGGAACAAGUAAACCUAUCUAAAAUUGCAGGAAAACAAGCCUCACCACAUGAAGGCCUGAUCUGCGCGGCAUUAGGGAAAGAGCAAACACAUAAUUAUUUGAUAUUUUUCUCAGUACUCAAUAUCUUUUUUUCAGUUGUUGCGUUUCUUGGGAAUACUCUGAUCCUUGUCGCCCUUCACAAGGAAUCGUCCCUACAUUCGCCUUCCAAACUCUUGUAUCGUUGUCUGGCAGCAACUGAUCUCCUCACUGGCCUUAUUGCUGAGCCUUUUCAAGUUGUUUAUUGGCUCUCCCUGAUUCAUGAGAAUUGGACUCUUUGUCGUUACGCGUUAGCUGCACAUUAUUUCGCAAGCCUUCCUCUGUCUUCAGUCUCUCUGUUAAAAAUGACUGCAAUAAGCGUGGACAGACUUUUCGCCCUGUUGUUGAGUUUCAGAUACAGACAUGUUGUAACUUUGAAGCGAACAUACGUUAUUAUAGUCAUCUUCUGGGUUGUGUCGAUAGUCGCUGGGAUAUCAUACAUAGUGUCAUACCGUAUAGGCAUCUGGUAUAAUUGUAUCUUUCUGCCGGUAUGUUUAGCGACAUCAACGAUCUCAUACACAAAGGUAUUCCGUACUCUUCGCCAUAGACAGAAUCAAAUGAAAGCUCACGUUCAACAAAAGCCGAGCCAACCAGUUCCAUUGAACAUGUUGCGAUACAGAAAGGCAGUCUACAGUGCACUGUGGGUACACUUGGCAUUAGUUGUUUCCUAUCUACCCUAUAGCAUUGCAGUAACAGUUUUAACUGAUAAUGGACUCACUUCAUUAAGCUUAGCAGUCUGGGCAGGUGCAAUAUCCCUAGUUUACUUAAACUCGUCACUCAACCCGUUCCUUUAUUACUGGAAAAUUAACGAGGUGACACGAGCAGUAAAGGAGCCUACCAGAGGAACACUUUGCUGUCCAAGGAAUUAGCUACAUAGUCAGUUUACAGCUAGACCAUGAGCAGGCUACAAAAGCUUUCUACUAAUUAUAGAAAAUUAAGCUGUGGGUGAAACUUGACUUGAAAAAAAAUUAAAACACAA